AUGCGGUUGUCCGUCCUUCUUUCUCUCCUUCCCAUGGUGCUGGCCGCCCCAGCCACCGAGAAGCGAGCAACUCCUGCACCUCUCCUCACUCCCACCAGCAAGCACGGCCUUGUUGCUGAUCAGUACAUUGUCAAGUUCAAGGAUGGCAGCUCUCUCCAGGCUGUGGAUGAGACUCUUACCAAGAUUGCCUCCGACGCCCACCAUGUCUAUCAGCAUGUUUUCAAGGGCUUCGCCGCAACUCUAGAUCAGGAGACACUCGACGUUCUUCGCAGCCACCCUGAUGUUGAGUACAUUGAGCAGGAUGCGAUUGUCAAGGUGAACGCCUAUGUUUCGCAGACUGGCGCUCCAUGGGGCCUGGGCCGUAUUUCCCACAAGGCUCGUGGCAGCACCACUUAUGUCUAUGAUGACAGCGCUGGCGCGGGGACUUGCUCCUACAUCAUCGACACUGGAGUUGAUGCUACUCACCCCGACUUCGAGGGUCGUGCUACUUUCUUGAGGACUUUUGUUUCAGGCCAGAACACUGACGGCAACGGCCAUGGAACCCACGUCGCUGGUACCAUUGGCAGCCGCUCCUAUGGCGUUGCGAAGCAGACUUCGAUCUACGGCGUCAAGGUUCUCGACAACUCUGGUAGCGGUACAUUCGCCAACGUGAUUGCCGGCAUGGAUUUCGUUGCCGACGACUCGCAGACCCGAAACUGCCCCAACGGCUCCGUCGCCAACAUGUCUCUCGGUGGUGGCUACACCGCUUCUGUCAACGCGGCUGCUGCUGCCCUGAUCGAUGCCGGCGUCUUCCUGGCUGUCGCUGCUGGUAACGAUGGUGCGGAUGCUCGCAACACCUCUCCCGCUUCCGAGCCCACCGUCUGCACUGUCGGCGCCUCGACUUCUGCUGAUGCUCGAGCCUCCUUCUCCAACUACGGCACGGUUGUAGAUAUCUUUGCCCCUGGCCAGGAUGUUCUCUCCACCUGGCCCAACAGACAGACCAACACCAUCUCUGGUACCUCCAUGGCAACUCCUCACAUUGUUGGCCUUGGUGCCUACCUUCUUGCUCUUGAGGGUCCCAGAGACCCCCAGGCACUUUGCGCGCGUAUCCAGGCGCUUUCUGGACGCAGCCUCCUUUCUGGUGUCCCCUCCGGUACCAUUAACGCUAUUGCCUUCAACGGCAACCCCUCCGGAUAA